AUGUCGGUGCUAGCCCUGCAAGAGUACGAAUUUGAGCGGCAGUUCAACGAGGAUGAAGCCAUCCGAUGGAUGCAGGAGAACUGGAAAAAGUCGUUUCUCUUCUCGGCUCUCUACGCUGCCUUCAUCCUCGGGGGACGCCAUGUCAUGAAACAGAGGGAGAAGUUCGAGUUGAGGAAACCACUGGUGCUAUGGUCUCUCACACUUGCUGUGUUCAGUAUAUUUGGUGCCAUCCGUACUGGGAGCUACAUGAUGCACAUCCUGAUGACCAAAGGGCUAAAACAGUCGGUUUGUGACCAGAGCUUCUACAACGGGCCGGUCAGCAAAUUCUGGGCCUAUGCAUUUGUGCUAAGUAAAGCACCGGAACUGGGCGACACUCUCUUCAUUGUCCUGAGGAAGCAGAAACUCAUCUUCCUCCACUGGUACCACCACAUCACUGUGCUGCUCUACUCCUGGUACUCCUACAAGGACAUGGUGGCCGGCGGAGGCUGGUUCAUGACCAUGAACUACUUGGUCCAUGCCGUCAUGUACUCUUACUACGCCUUGCGAGCGGCCGGCUUCAAGCUGUCGCGCAACUUCGCCAUGUUCAUCACGCUGACCCAGAUCACCCAGAUGCUGAUGGGCUGCGUGGUUAACUACCUGGUGUACUCCUGGAUGCAGCAGGGCCAGGAGUGUCCCUCUCACAUGCAGAACAUUGUGUGGUCCUCCCUCAUGUACCUCAGCUACUUCGUGCUCUUUGUCCAGUUCUUCUUCGAGGCCUACAUCGGCAAGUCCAGGUCCUCUGCUCCUGCUGUCGCGAAGAAAGCCGAUUAAGAAAAGAGGUGAAGGAAUCUCUGGAUGGGAUGACGUGCGAAGGGACCACUGACCUUAGAGAACAAGCGUUGAGAUGGAGGGCAGUCGAGGCUGGAAGGGAGAUGGAGGAAAGGGGCGGAGGGUGGGAAGUGUUUUUACUAAUGUGCAAAUUUAAAAUGGCCCAGAGGGAAGUUUGACUUGAAGCAGUCACAAUUUGUCCGUGUAAAGAUGACACGACCCCCAUGUCACUUCGCCAUGAGUAGAUUUUAACGACUUUGUUUACUUGAUAUUAUGAAAAGAAAAAAAAACAUGGUGCAAAUAAGGAUGGAUGAAGGUGACCUGCAACAUUUUACUGUCGACCGUCUGUGUUUGUUGUUUUUGUUUGGUGUGUGUGUGUGUGAGUGUUGUGAUGGCACUGGUCAGGGGCGCCAUGACGUCCGUGUCGAAGGGGGAUUUUCUCAGGUCUUAGGAUUUAUCUCACACAUUCUAAAUAUGCAUAUCCAGACAUGGUAGACGUGUUUGACAUCAGCACAGGUUCACACUUUGUCUGAGGGAACCAUCGCGCCGAGGGUCCUGGUCGUCUUUGGGAAACGGAUGCUGCCCUGCUGCAACAUUCACCACCAUGUCGCGGAAGUUGCUGACCAAACUUGGAAUAUGACUCAUUUCAUUCCUAGUGUUGUGCGUGUGUGUGUGUGAGCGACAUUCAAGUGAACAAAUCUGUUGAGCACUGAACUUUUAAAGGGAGAAAGAACAUUGUUUACCAAUGAAUAUAUAUUUAAAAAAAAAAAAAAGGAUCCAACAGAAAAACGAUUUUAAAUCCUCUGUAUUUAAUGAAAAACUAGGACGUGUCUGUAUUGAUGUUUGUCGUGCGAUCAUGAAUUUGCACUGUUUCAUUGUAUAAAAAAAAAGUGUAUGAACAACGUGACAAAGUCAGAUCUGCCUUUCAGUUGUGUUUAUUCUCAAUAUCAGCAGCAAUAUUUAAGCAUCGUCCACACAGACGUCAUCGGAGCAUCGCUCCAUCUCUGGUAUGAGCUUCAGACUAGAUGCCUGCUGUGCGCUUCAGAUUCUCACAACUCUUUCUUUGAUGCACUGGAAUUCAAUGAAAUAAAGUUCAUCAAUUGCUCUUUUGCUCUGAGUGAUUGCACAAGUGGCUUCUUCAUAGUCCUAGUUGAUAUCAAGGCCGUUAUUUAUUGACCCUCAUUUUAAUGAUUUGUGUUAUUUUGAUUUGUCGAUAAAUUAAUAAAUCCAUCACCCUGUUUAUUUUCAGGGUUUUUUUUUUUUCUUUACAUUAGACUGCCUUUAUGGAAAUCCUUCACUUGCUCCACUAGCGUCAACUGUGCUUCUCAACUUGUGUUCUGAGCAGGUUCUGACAUCUUUGAAAACUUGUUCCAGACUCCAGGCUAAUGGUUGAAAUGUUUCAUACCUUCUGGCUCAGCUCUUCUUUGUUGCCAUGACAGUUAGACAGACAAGGCUCAUGGAGUGGAACCAAACAAAGCUGUUGGAUUGGGGACCUUUCUGAGGAUUUCUUGCAGUUCAUUUUUGACUGAACUAAGAAAACCUCAGAAACAUCUCAUAUUUAAAUUCCAGCUUUGAAAACAGCUUUCAUAAGUGUGGACAACUUAAGUCCUAAG